CCCCUUUUCAGGGAGCAACGGCCCUCUCUGUUUUCCAUCCAUCCUUUUCUAUCUUUGCCCCCCGCAGGGUGAGCACAAGAGAGGGUGCGUUUCCAGAAACACGUUGUUCUGCAGCUUCCCCGUUUUCUCAGCUCAAGAUGUACAGCUUCAUGGGAGGAGGUCUUUUCUGUGCCAUCGUGGGUAAUAUACUGCUGGUAGUCUCCACUGCAACAGACUACUGGAUGCAAUACCGUCUCUCUGGAAACUAUGCCCACCAAGGCCUUUGGAGAUACUGCAUGUCCAACAAAUGCUACAUGCAGACCGACAGCAUAGCGUACUGGAACGCCACCAGAGCCUUCAUGAUCCUGUCCGGGAUGUCGUGCUUUGCGGGCAUCAUUGCGGGCAUCAUGUCCUUCUCACACUUCUCCUCCUUUGAGAGAUUCAAUCGCUCCUUUGCUGCAGGGAUCAUGUUCUUCAUCUCCACCUUUUUUGUCCUGCUGGCUAUGGCCAUCUACACUGGAGUGACAAUCAACUUCCUGGGUCGGCGAUUUGGUGACUGGCGCUUCUCUUGGUCCUACAUACUUGGCUGGGUGGCCAUGCUCAUGACUUUCUUUGCAGGCAUUUUCUACAUUUGUGCAUACAGAAUGUGCGAGUGCAGAAGAGGAACCAACCCACGCUAAAGUCAGACAGAGAAAAAUAAAAAUAAAAACAGGA